UUGUUUUUUUGUGGAAGCCUGUAUCUGCCAUCGCUGCACGGCUUCAUCUGUGAGAAUGCGCCUUCCUUGUUUCUGGGGUGAGUGGUCUUCCAGCGCGUCGGCUCCUGAACGCUGCAAACACUCCGGGCGGCUUGUUCCCAUUGUUCCCAUUGUUCCCAUUGCGAUCGCCUGCGAUUAAAAGGCAGCGCGGGUAGCAGCACCCCAGAGCGGGCGCAGAGGGUGCUGAGCGCCCUGCUUUAAUAAGGAAUGGCGUGCCCCACACCCGACAGCGCGGAGCAUGCGCAGAGCCGCGCAGAGCCGCGCUGGGCCAUAUUGGAAUGAGGCAGAGGACAGCACGGGCAGAGCUGGGAGGCACGGCUUGGAAAAGCGACCUGGAAAAACUGGGAACAGGGGUUGGCGUGGAUGUUCUGAAACACUCUGCCAGUGCAAAGAGAGAGAGAGAGUCUGCCGAUGAGAACACAGCUGUGAGAGCCAGGGAGGGAGGAGACACCCGGCGCACACAACCUCACACCCAGGGGAAUGAGUCAGAGACGCCUGGACAUGAGCAGCAGAGAGCCCCAGGACACAGAUGCUGUGUCUGGCCUGGAGGAUUCAGAGUUUAACUGGGAUGAGUAUCUGGAGGAGACUGGAACCAUUGCUGCCCCGCACAGCUCUUUCAAGCAUGUGGAUCUCAGCCUGCAGAACGGGUUCAGCUCCGGGAUGAAGCUGGAGGUGGCGAACAAGAGCGACCCCGAGACGUACUGGGUGGCGUCCAUCAUCAUGACGUGCGGGCAGCUGCUCCUCCUGCGCUACGACGGCUACGGGGACGACCGCCGCGCGGACUUCUGGUGUGACAUCAUGACUGCUGACCUGCACCCCAUCGGCUGGUGCGGACAGAACAACAAAGUGCUCAGACCCCCAGAGGGUAUCCGGGACAGGUAUUCGGACUGGGGUGCCUUCCUGGUGCAGACGCUGUCUGGGGCGAGCAGUGCUCCUGCAGCUCUGCUGGAGGGGCCUCACCGGGGCAGGAACCCCCUGGACCUCCUGGCUCCCGGGUCUCUGCUGGAGCUGCAGGACCAGGAGUGGCCCCUGCAGGCCUGGCUCGUGGUGGUGGAGGAGAACACGGGCGGCCGGCUGCGGCUCCACUAUGCCGGGGCUGAGAAGCGUGCCGAGCAUCGGCGCUGGCUCUUCUACCUGGACCCCUUCCUUCACCCCAUCGGCUGGGCCAGGCAGCAGGGCCACUCUCUGACACCACCCGCAGCUGUGAGGGGGCUGAAGAGCGAGUCUGACUGGCAGGAGGUCCUGCAGGACGUUCUUGGGAAGACAGAGGAGUCCGCAGUGCCUGAGCAGUUCUUCAAGGACAAGCCUGUGAUCGGCACUCAUUCAUUCUCAGCUGGGAUGAAGUUAGAGGCUGUGGACCCAGCAGCACCUUUCACUGUCAGCCCAGCAACGGUGACCAAGGUUUUCAAUGAGAAGUAUUUCCUGGUUCAGAUCGAUGACCUUCGCUCGGAGCCGCUGGGGGCCAGUGCGUUCGUGUGUCACGUGUCCAGCGGGGGGAUCUUUCCUGUGCAGUGGUGCCUGAAGAACGGGGUUCCCCUCACUCCUCCCAAAGGUUACCCAGGACAAGACUUCGACUGGGCUGACUACCUGAAACAGUGCAGCUCAGAGGCAGCCCCGCAACACUGCUUUUCAGUGGACCUGCCUGAUUUCGGAUACACAGAGAACAUGAAACUGGAGGCAGUGAACCCCCUCAGCCCGGAAGAGAUUCACGCUGCCACGGUUACCAAGGUGAAAGGGCAGCACAUCUGGCUGCGUCUGGAAGGUUCGAAGAAGCCAGUCCCAGAGUGCAUUGUGCAUGUGGAAUCCAUGGACAUCUUCCCAGUGAGCUGGUGUGAAACCAACGGAUACCCGCUGAGCCAUCCCCGAAAACCCAAAGUCAAGAAGCAAAGGAAGAUCGCUGUGGUGCAGCCAGAAAAACAGGUGGCACCCAGAAACACCGCGCACGACGGCUUGAGGAGCCAGGACUACAACUCCAGCGAGUCAGGGCUCGGAAACGGUAAAUAUUGCUGUCCGAAAAUCUAUUUCAAUCACCGAUGCUUCUCGGGUCCGUACCUCAACAAGGGCAGGAUUGCGGAGCUGCCACAGUGUGUGGGGCCUGGCAACUGUGCGCUGGUGCUCAAAGAGGUCCUCACCUUGCUGAUCAACGCUGCCUACAAGCCCAGUCGGGUCCUGAGGGAGCUGCAGCUGGAUGAAGAGGCUCGCUGGCAGGGGUACGGAGAGACCCUCAAGGCCAAGUACAAAGGGAAGAGUUACCGCGCCACGGUGGAGAUCGUCAGGACAGCCGACCAGGUGCCUGAUUUCUGCAGGAAGACCUGCAUCAAGCUGGAGUGCUGCCCCAACCUGUUCGGGCCGAGGAUGGCACUGGAGCGCUGCUCGGAGAACUGCUCAGGGCUGACCAAGACCAAGUACACAGCUCACUAUUACGGGAAGAAGAGGAGCAAGCGUAUCGGCCGCCCCCCGGGGGGGCACACCAACCUGGAGGGGGGGGUCAAGAAGCCCAGCAAGAGGCGGAAACGACGCAAGCACUUCUUCGUGCACAAGAAGAAAAGGUCCCCGGCCUCGCUGGACAACACGCCCGCAGGAUCCCCACAGGGGAGCGGAGAGGAGGAGGAUCUGGAUGAGGAGGAGUCUGGCAGCGAGGACUCGGGUUCGGAGCAGCAGGACGAGCUCAUGGAGGACUCCGAGGUGUCCGAGAAGAAAUCCCGACCCUCCUCCCCCUCACAGGGAGACAAGAGGAAGAGGAAGAGCCGUGCAUUCUCCUUCUCCGACGAUGAGAACAAGCCCCCCUCCCCCAAGGAGCCGAAGUCCGUGGUGGAGGACAGGCUGCAGCUGGAGAGCAGCCCCCUGGACUGGAGUGUGGCCGACGUGGUCCGGUUCAUCAAGACCACGGACUGUGCCCCCCUGGCACGGAUAUUCCUCGAUCAGGAAAUCGACGGGCAGGCGCUGCUGCUGCUCACCCUGCCCACUGUCCAGGAGUGCAUGGACCUGAAGCUGGGCCCCGCCAUCAAGCUGUGCCACCACAUCGAGCGGGUCAAACUCGCCUUCUACCAGCAGUACGCCAACUGAGGGGCUGGGGGAACGGAGCCACUCCAGCGUGCAACUCUCCCUGAGACGAGAGUGCAUUCACUGACAGAAUCCCAGGGGCCUCACGCCUCGCAGCACUGCACUAAUACUUCAGCAAAUCACAGCCUGCGAAUUUGAACGCUUCUCCGUGGGUCAAGAGUUUCCUCCAAUCACAGCAGCUCUCUGCGAGCGGAGUGUUUACCCGAUCUCCUUCCCUGAGCGGCUCCAUAAUCUCAGUGCACCCCAGACUCGGCAUCACAAAGCACAAAACUAAAAAAAUAAAUAAAUAACAAGGACUCGAAAUGAGGAUUGUUAGAAGUGUAAUCUCGUGAAAGUGGAAGCGACCUGGUAGUUGAUAUACAGGGACGUGUUCAUUACUUUGAUAUAUAUGCUUUAUAAAGCGUGAAAUUCAUUAUAAAAUGGGACAUACUGUACUGAGAAAGCACACAUUAUUAUUAUUAUUAUUAUUAUUAUAAAUUGAAUUAUUAUUUAUAAGGGCCGUGUGGUCAUUUCGCUUUGCUUUACCACCCUGGAAUGUGAAGUGUCAGAUGUGAAAUCUAAUAUUUAUUUCCCUGUAAAGAGGGUGUGCUGUUGUAAGGGUGCUUCAUGAAGGAUGUAUAGAAUAUCGUAUUGGCUGCUGUCUGAUACGAGCUGAGAUCCACCAUUGAGAGAUCAGAGUGGCUGACUGCCCUUGAGUGGGUGACGCUCGGCUCUCAUGCUGCACUGCUUCUCAUACUCUGUCCUUCAUAAUACAAAGCUGCAUAUGAACCGUGUAGCUGGCAUCGUUUCCAUGUGGUACACACAAAUGUCAGGUGGCUGUAUGUGUUAGUAUCAGGGGGUGCUGUAUGCUCUCUGGAUGUAUUGAUCACUGUUUGUGUGCAUCAGUUCAUGCUGAACUCAAUGUAUUCCCAUUGUACGCAUCACUAGAUACACACCCUUCAUUCACUUCAGAGUCCCUUUCGCUUUGGUGUUUUUAGUGGUCACGGUGUUGUUGAUUUCUGCCGAGUUUUCUCAAUGCACCGACUCUGUUUUACACCUUGGGCCUGGUUUUACAAAGCUGGUGAAAGUUAAGAUUCCCUGAGGAACUGAGUCACAAAACCUUUUUUUUUUUUAAGAGGGUUUAUAAACAUGUUCUCGGUUAAACUGUAUUUUGUGAAAAGGGAAAUAAACCGAUAAAGCCUUUCUAAAAAUUAUUUGCACAAGAAAAUAAAAAAAAUUACUUUUAAAAAUUACUUUUUUUUUCAGAGGUAGGCACCUAGUACCCCCCACCCCUCAAAAAAACCCCAAAAUCUCACCCAGUCUCACCAGUUUUCAACUCUUUGUCAGAAUUUGCAGCGCUUAUUAAAGUUAGUCUUUCAGUAUCACUGAGUGAGGAGGGCAUGGAAGCGAGAACACUUUAAACAGGUCUAUAGCAUGUGGCAUGCGACUAAUGUACUCGCUUUGAAAUGACCUGGCUAGGUUUCUUUAGGCAUAUGUCUCCCUGCCCUCCUCUCUAAAUUUGAUUUUAACCCUGGCGUGAUGCUCCAUGUAAAAGUUACCCAGCUUUUAAACCCAGGUCCAUUGUGUUCCAUGCUGUGACGUGGUGUGGCGUGCAUACUGUAUAAAACCUGCUCUCCAAUCAUAGCAUCAGCAUGGUAAUGUUGGCUGGUAUGUGAUCAGUAUAUAGAAUGAUAUGAUAUCUCAGGGUGGAUAAUUGCGAUACGUUUUCUUUGCUUACACAUUUCUCAAAUCUAAAUCUUCUGUAAGUGUAUCAGCUUUCCUCAAAUCAAUUGCACGAAGCUUACCCGUGCAAUCAAAUGCAAUGCAGUGUAAUUGUAGGCUUCUCUGUGCUGUGGCUUUAUUCCAGGUUGCUGUGCACCUGUUUUGCCAGUUCAGUUUGUAGUCUUCUACUAGCGAUCCCCUUGUAAUACGAACUUGGGGUGUUUUUGAAAUUACUUUGAAAGAGCUGCAGAACAAGCCUCAGUGUUGGAUUUAUAUUCCGAGUUCAGUCAAACUGAACAUUCGGGUAAUAAGUGCUCAACUAAAUACAACAACAAAAAAUAAUAAAGCUGCUGUUAAGCUUGUAAAUUAAGACUUUUUGAAAAUAGUAAGCAUAACCUUUUUUUUUUUUAUUACGGUUUAAAAAAUAAAUUAAUUAAUAAAUCAAAAAAAGGUUUCCAAAGAUUCAGCUCUGUGGCGUGUCUCCUAUUCGCUGCACUUCAGUCUGCAACUCAAGGUUCUGAGCCAAUGAGAAAAGCCUGGUCCACUGCCAGACCAAUCAGUAGCAGAUCUGAAAAGUGGCCCAGCCAAUGAGGGGCUGCCCUUUGCUUCUCAGACCCAAUCAUUGCUGGUCCGAGGAGGAGUGAAGAUGAGGGACUCUUGAUUGAACUGAAAGGAACCACAUUGAGGCCUGGGGUUUGCUGGUGUCUCAGUGCUGUCUUAAAACUAAACAGGGUAGAAAAUCAAAUGAAAUACAAAGACUUCUACAUGAUGCAAGGUUCAUACUGAGCAGCAUUUGCUUUUGCUCAAGUCAGCUGCCUGUAGCUGAGCAGUGGUGGAUUUUGUAGUGGUAGUUUAUCUUUGUAAAUAAUAACUGGACCCAGAAAACACAGCUCAGGUCGAUCAAUAUAAUGAAGUGCUGGGUUUGAAUAUUCUUUCAAUUCUGAAUCAACUGGAAAACAAAAGGGUUAUUUAACCCAUAUUACAGUAAACACUCUGGGACCCCAUCAAGUUAACUAUUACAGGAAGGAGAUAGACACUCUGUACACUACAGUGUGUGAGUAAUUGUGCAUUGGUUUCCUUUUGCAUGAUAUCUUUCUGAUCCAAUCAUUUCUACAUUGUGUGACAUGAAUGAAGGUGCACUUGCAAUACCGUUUGACAACAGGGUGAUGUUUACAGGGGUUUGACUGUGCUUGUGCUGUGCAUUUCCCAUUGUUUACAGGGGUUUGACUGUGCUUGUGCUGUGC